AUGAUUGCUACACCUAUUAGAUUAGCUAAGAGUGCGUAUGAGCCAAUGAUCAGGUUCGUCGGUGCAAGACACCCUGCAGUGAAACACGCACCCGAGAUCAUUGUUCAUCCAUGUGCUACCAAUGGUAUGUUACCUGGUAGUAAAGACUGUAUUUCAGUGAGUAAAUUCAUGGAAAACUAUAAACCUUUCCGUGUGGUGCCAGUAAACCGGAGUGUCAGCGCUAGUCCCAGCGCUGCAAAGACCUCCGCGUUCGUAAACAGAGCAUUGGGUAAAGAUGAGCUUGCAUCCAUUUUCGAAUUACCUGCCAGGUUCCAGUUCAAGCCCAUUGGUGAAAAGGAAUUAGAAACUAUAAACAGUGGUGGAGCAUGGUGA